GUCAAGCUAGCAAGCGUUCAACAUUGAUUCUUACACCAUACGUCGUCAAAUCCCAAAGUAAAGUGCAGCAGUCACUUCGAUCAGAAAGCAUCUCGUCCUUAACCUCUGUCAGGACAGCACAACACAAGCUGGUUUGACUCCGUGACGCUCUGAACGCCUUCAGCAGGCCCCUCAACCCGCCCCCUUUGUCCUGACUGCCUCGUUCACUUCCUCUGCAAUGUUCGAAUUCAUUGUGACGCUCAUUGUAGCGUCGCUCAUGAUGAUCGGCCUGAUGGCUCUGAUGGUGGGUAUGACGAUGCCCUUCCAAGGUGCUUUAGUGAGGCUCAGAUCCAAUUAUAAUCCUCGAGCCGUUGGGUUGGAGGGGACAGAAAAUAGAGUGGGACCGACCUUGACGACGCUGUUUGGGACUUUGAAAAGGACGAAGAGGCUAGAAGGGUGGUAUGGGCUGUACAAGGGCGCCGCCCCAAUGACCUUGUACGUCACGCUCAUCUCAAUCUUUUCGAUCAUCUUUGUCGGCGGAUCAUCCACACGCGGCCCUAAGGGCACAUACUCUGUUCCAGAAGCUGGCGGAAUCCGUAUGGCACUCUUCACCAUUGUCUUGACUUUGAUCAGUCUCCCCAUGACAAUCAUCAUCAACCGGUCUAUCAUCACGCCGUAUAGACUGCCCAAUAACCCUAGAGCAUCACUCAAGAUCCUUCUGUCCUCUUACGAGCUAUCAUCUCCCGUCAGACUCUACUUGACCCCGGGUUUGCUCGCCACUACCUCCGUCCAUUCUCUCUGCGUCACAUUGCUCGCACGCACAAUGCGCGUGACUCUUUUAGGGAUCUCAUCUCUCGAGGAUGCAGAAGACGUCAAAAUUUCAGCUUGGCGAUGGAUUCUUUUCCUCCUCUUCCAAGGUCUAGCCACAGGUUACCUGGCACCCCUCGAAGUCGUCGCUACGCGAUUGAGUAUUCAGCCCAACAAUGCCACUUUCACAACCGUCUCCGCGACGGAAGGUGCAGACGGUGACGACAUACCAGACGGAGUCACAUAUGCCGGCACAGAUGAGGAUGUCAUUGGCUUGAGACCUACGACAGACCCAUAUGAGGGGAUGGUGGAUUGUGCCAGGAAAUUGAUCGACGAAGAAGGAUGGCAGAGCCUGUAUAGAGGUUGGUGGUGGACGAUGGGAAGUAACGUCAUGUCAGUAUUUACCGUGUAAAGGAGACACAGAUGAGGAGUAUCAACGAAAAAUGUACAUGCAUGGAUGAGCUACAGAGUC